UAGUUGUUAGUCCUUUUCUUCAUUUCAAUUCUUUUGUAAAUUAUUAAAAAGAAAAAAUAAAGAUUCUUUUAUUCGAAAAAAGAGGUAGAAAGGGCUAAAGGAGUGGGGAAGACGAUGCACAUGGUAUGUUUGGUAUUAGCUUCUUUUAUGUUAGAUACCAGAGGGAAAAAAAAAAGAUAGAAAAAAGAGAGAAGAGAAAUUGAAAGAAAGAGUCAUGAAGAUAAUGACUAGAAGUUUUAAUCAUGGAGGUUUCUCUGGCAUUCCAUGUGCAUCAAUCACCUCUUCCCACUUAUUAUUUAAACAAUCCGGCGCACUAAAGCUACUGCUAUGAAGCGAGAUCAUCACAAGGAUAUACUAUUGUACGCAACAUUACCUUGCAUUUUUUGCAAGAGAUCAUUUUCAUAGUUUGAGAACCCAUGACAACAACUUUACUGGUUACCCUUCAUUUAACACACAUUACACAUAUAUAAUAUGCAGUAACUAAUUCUUCUUCUUUCUUUCAAAACAAUCUAAGAUAUUGUACUUGAUCUAACAACUCCCCGCCCCCCCCCACCCCUCUCAACCAUAUAUAUCCUUAAAUUCCACCUAUCUUUCCCCUAACUUUGAGGAACAAAACUGAAAAACACCAUUCUAAAACUUUCUCAUCCUUUUGUCCAUCCAAGGAAUUUAGUACUAGCUAGUAUAUAUUCAAGAUGAGUAAUCUUACUUCUAGUCCUGCACCUUGUAGUAGAUCAUGGUCAAUUAGUGAGGACUCAUUGAGAAGAUAUGUGUUCUAUGCAAGUGAAAAUUGCAUUCAAGAACUGUUAUCAGCUUCAGAUUCAAAAAAUGGUAAUAACGAUGGCUGGAAAAUACUUGGCAUGGAUAACGGCGUUGAGAUAUCGAAACGCCGUUCAGGUUCACUUCACACUUUCCGUAGCCGUUGGUUGCUCAAAUCUGUCUCUCCUCAACAGUUCAUCACUGUAGCUAAUGCCAUCGAUGCUGCAAGGCAAUGGGAUGGGGACCUAGUAGAAGCAAGAUACAUAAAAGACCUGGAAGAUAAUCUGAGUAUCAUACGUCUUAGAUUUGGGGACAACUCAAAGCCACUCUUCAGAAACAGAGAAUUUAUUGUGUAUGAACGUCGUGAAACUAUGGAUGAUGGCACCCUGGUAGUAGCAGUAGCUUCUCUACCAAAAGAAAUAGCAGCAGGUUUGCACCCAAAGCAAAACAAUGCAAUACGAGGUCUAUUGUUGCAAUCUGGAUGGGUUGUUGAGAAACUUGACCAUGAUUCUUGCAUGGUCACUUACGUUGUCCAGCUGGAUCCAGCAGGAUGGUUACCAAAAUGCUUCGUGAAUCGUUUCAACACAAAGUUGGUUAUGAUCAUUGACAACCUUAAAAAGCAAGUGCUCUCUAGCCCUACCAAUAGUGAUGAUAGUACUUGAUUAUUUACUACUUUGUACAAACAAAAAAAAAAAAAUGAGAAGAGAAGUGAGUAACUUUUUUAUUUUAUAGUUUUUGAAUAUAUAAAUAUGAACUUCUUUGAUCAUGGUGAAAUUUCUUAUCACCGCUAAUACCCCAUCCACCACUAGCAAAUGAAAAGGAAAAAGAAAUUAUUAACCUUUUGUACCUUUAGCUAUUGGGAGGGGAGAACCAUAUUUUAUAGUACUAAGAAAAGUUUUAAAA